GGACACCGAAGCAGAGAGAACGAGCCGGCGCGCUCCGGCAGGGAAGGCGGGCGGUGGCACCCGGCUCGGUGGGGUUAAAUGGGCGGUAUCGGUGGUGCCCCGCCCUCCGCCGGAACCGCCCCGCGGAGGCCUAGGUGCCCGGCAGUAUUUAUAGUAGCGAGGUCGGCCGCGCAACGUCUCUCCCGCAGGCUGUGGCCGCGGUGUCCCGAAGGCUUACGCUCCGCAGCUUAGCCACUAUGGAGCGGCCGGCGCCCCUGGCCGUGCUGCCCUUCUCCGACCCCGCUCACGCACUGAGUCUUUUGCGUGGUCUGAGCCAGCUGCGCGCCGAGCGCAAGUUCCUGGACGUGACCCUGGAGGCGGCGGGCGGGCGCGACUUCCCAGCGCACCGCGCCGUGCUGGCAGCUGCCAGCCCCUACUUCCGCGCCAUGUUCGCAGGGCAGUUGCGCGAGAGCCGCGCCGAGCGGGUGCGCCUGCACGGAGUGCCGCCCGACAUGCUGCAGCUGCUGCUCGACUUCAGCUACACGGGCCGCGUGGCGGUGAGCGGCGACAACGCAGAGCCGCUGCUGCGUGCCGCCGACCUGCUGCAGUUUCCGGCCGUGAAGGAGGCUUGCGGUGCUUUCCUGCAGCAGCAGCUUGACCUGGCUAACUGCCUGGACAUGCAGGACUUCGCCGAGGCCUUCAGCUGCGCGGGGUUGGCGAACGCGGCGCAGCGCUUCAUCCUGCGCCACGUGGGCGAGCUGGGAGCCGAGCAGCUGGAGCGCCUGCCGCUGGCACGCCUGCUGCGCUACCUGCGCGACGAUGGGCUAUGCGUGCCCAAGGAAGAGGCCGCCUACCAGCUGGCGCUGCGCUGGGUGCGCGCUGACCUGCCGCGCCGCGCCGCGCACUGGCCGCAGCUCCUCGAGGCUGUGCGCCUGCCCUUCGUACGUCGCUUCUACCUGCUGGCGCACGUCGAGGCCGAGCCGCUGGUGGCGCGAUGUCCACCCUGUCUGCGCCUGCUGCGGGAGGCUCGCGACUUCCAGGCGGCGCGCUACGAUCGCCACGAUCGUGGGCCCUGUCCCCGCAUGCGUCCCCGCCCCUCCACCGGCCUCGCCGAGAUCCUUGUCCUCGUGGGCGGCUGUGACCAAGAUUGCGACGAACUUGUCACCGUCGAUUGCUACAACCCCCAGACUGGCCAGUGGCGCUACCUGGCUGAGUUCCCUGACCACCUGGGCGGGGGCUAUAGCAUCGUGGCUCUGGGCAACGACAUCUACGUGACAGGUGGAUCAGAUGGCUCCCGGCUCUAUGACUGUGUGUGGCGCUAUAACUCCAGCGUGAAUGAGUGGACGGAGGUAGCACCUAUGUUGAAGGCCCGAGAGUAUCACAGUUCCUCAGUGCUGGAUGGGCUGCUGUAUGUGGUGGCUGCUGAUAGCACAGAGCGCUACGAUCACACGACUGAUUCCUGGGAGGCUCUGCAGCCCAUGACCUACCCUAUGGACAACUGCUCCACCACCGCCUGCCGUGGCCGCCUCUAUGCCAUAGGCUCCCUGGCUGGCAAGGAGACCAUGGUGAUGCAGUGCUACGACCCAGACACUGAUCUGUGGUCGCUGGUGGACUGUGGCCAACUCCCACCCUGGUCCUUUGCCCCCAAGACAGUGACUCUGAAUGGACUCAUGUACUUCAUCAGAGAUGACUCUGCUGAAGUGGACGUGUAUAAUCCCAUGAAGAAUGAAUGGGACAAGAUCCCAGCUAUGAAUCAGGUACACGUAGGGGGCAGCCUGGCUGUCCUCGGAGGGAAGCUGUAUGUCUCUGGAGGAUAUGACAACACCUUUGAACUCUCUGACGUGGUGGAGGCUUAUGACCCAGAGACUCGGGCUUGGAGUGUGGUGGGCCGGCUCCCAGAGCCUACCUUCUGGCAUGGCAGCGUCAGCAUCUUCCGCCAGUUCAUGCCUCAAACACUCUCAGGUGGACGUGGCUUUGAACUAGACAGUGGCAGCAGUGAAUUGGAUCCCGGCCGGCCCCGGGUCCCACAGAACCCCAACGAGUUGCACUAGCCCUUGCCUGGCCCUGGCAGGGCCUUGGUGCAGGUAACUGGCACCUGGGGGGAGCAGUGAGCCCCUUGCUUUGUGAAUGAGGAUGAGUCAUCCUCCAGAUCAUGACAGUUGAUCCAGCCCUGAGGGUUCUGUUCAUUUAGAGCCUGUGCCACAACUGGAGUUUUGGCUGGAGCCAAAACUGUGAAGGUCCCUCCCCGGGUCCAAGAAGAGCUGCCUCCCUGCUGGCGUGUGCGUUUAUGGUUCUAGCAGGUCACUCCUAACCUGCAGGCCCUCGGGUGACUCAUACAGAGUGCACCUUCCUGCUCAGCCUGCCUUCCUAUGGGCCCUGUCUACCCUCAAGCGUCAGGGAGUAGGAAUUAUGGCUGCAGCAGCCCCAACUCUAUGGCCAGUGCUGGAUAUCCCAGCAGUUAGUGCCCCAGGUAGUGGGGGUCUCCCUUGCCCCUUACCCUUGCCAGGAUCUCACCAGAACAGAGUUUGUUUGGUUUUCCUUUGCCAGAGCUUUGUGGAGUAGAGUCCUUAGGCCCCUCACAAGUCUGGGACCCUCCAGAAGGGUAGGAGGAGCUCCUGGAAACCCCUUUAGCCCCUAGAGGCUCUGGCUUCUUUCAGAGGUGGGAUUGAUUGUGGUGGAUUGAGUGAUCUUGUUCCCUCUGGGUCCCCAAAGUAGCCAUUACUUGAGUUUGCCCCUCUUCCCUGCCACAGUAGAAGGUGUUUCCUCACUAGAUCAAUUGAAACAAUGUUUGUGGCCUUUGUUUUCCUGAGAUGCCUGACUAUGAGACAGCCCAGCUUUUCUCCUGUCUGUUCCCAGGAGCCCUGGGGGUCUUUUCAGCAUGGUGGACUGACGCCCUCUUGCUCUCAGACUCCUGCUGGAGCAGCCACAGUUCACAGCCAGCCCUUCCCACCCUUUUAAGGUCCUUACUCAUCUGGUUACUACUGUGCACCAGGGCAGCCCCUUGCCAGGCACCUUUGCCCAAGUGGGUACUUAGCAGUCUGCCCUUUUGGGGUGGUCUUGGGCCAUAUCUCUCCUAAGUCUCCUGCAUGAGCCAACUGGCCUGUCCCUCACUUCCCAUUGAAGCAGUCCUACAUGCCCCCUCUUCACAGCCCUCACUUUGUUUCCCAGGUGUCUGCCCUGUAGGCCAGGCCUCCGAGAGGUGGUUUGCUCUGUGGGGUGAUCAUCAUCAUGGGUUCCUCUGAAGCUAGGGGUAGCUCCUCAAGCACUUGUCUCACCUCAGCCAAGGGGUCAGCGGGGUGAGGCUGAUAGGCCUGAUAUGUCUGGGACCCAUCUCUGCCUGAGAGACUUUCUGCCUGAUUGAUGUGGAAGCACACCACAUGCUUGAUGUGCUGGUUGCUAUUACUGGUUACCUGGGACCUCCCUAGGGAAGGACAUAGACCUCUUAUCUUGUGGGAAAGACUACUGGUGCCCUUCCUUCAGACGUCUGAGCCUUUCAGACAGGGUGACUACAGCUAGGUCAAGGUCAAGAGUAUCAUAUAAAGACUUUUGUUAGGACAGAGCCUACAAAUACUGCUUUUCUUACCAAACCUGCCUUUACUGCUACACUAGUGGUCAAGGUCAGAGUGGAGGGCCAGAGCUAGGCUGGCUCCCAGGUGCCACCCUGGGGCUCUGACUUUUGUCAACCUUCCCUGUGUAGGAUCAUGUCCUAGGUUCCUACUCUUUCUCCUUCUUGGGGGGACUUCAUCCUAACUGACCACACUGGUAGACAUGGGCCUGGGGUAGGGGGUGGGGCUAUGCCUCCUUUUCAGUGUUCACAUUCUAGGACUCCUGGAGUACCCGCUACCCUGACUUUUGUUUAAGGCCAUGGACAAGAUGGGGAUGUGGAAGCAGCAGGUCCUUCCAGCUGAAGGUUCAGGACAUAUGCAUACCUAUCCCCACCCACAGCCCUGCUUCCCUGGGCAUGGGUUCUAGGCUGUGAAGCUCCCUUCCCCUUCAAAUGUCUGUACACUGACUUGGAAAGAGGCCAAGUUUGACUGGGCUAGCUGGAUCUUCAUAACUAUCAGUCUACAGGCCAACUUAAGUUAUGAAAAUGUAGUGGUUGGUAUUUAAUGUGGAUCUAUAAAGCAUUCUAUAUUUAUAUGACUUCAGAGACUCCUAUGUACUUGAGGGCACCUUCCCUCCCAUGUCCAGCAUCCAGCUCCAGCCCCAGAAUGUGGGUUAGACUUGCAUAUUUAUUUGUCUGUUCUAUAGGCUUCCAUGUCCAGGAUCCUUGUAAAGUUUUAGGAUGCCUUAGGUACACUUUUUGAAAUAAAAAUAUUUCCUAUA